AUGAAUCAACCACCCAAAAAUGCCUAUCAACCAGGUACUCAAUUGACUGUGGGGUCUCACAAAAUCUCAAUAAUUAAGUACAUUUCUGCUGGAGGUUUUGCCCACGUUUAUACAUGUAAUAUUGAACCUGCUUUUAAUGGUUCAAAAGUAGCAUGUUUAAAAAGAGUAGUGGUACCAAGUAAAUGGCAAUUAUCAUUAUUGCGACAGGAAGUUGAUGCUAUGAGAAGAUUAAGAGGUAACAAACACAUUGUAUCAUAUAUUGACUCUCAUGCUUCAAGACUAGGAAAUGAUGAAGUUCAACAACAAUAUGAGGUAUUACUUUUAAUGGAAUAUUGUCAAAAUAAUGGUUUAAUAGAUUUCAUGAAUACUAGAUUAAGAAAUAAAUUAACAGAAAAGGAGAUCAUAGAUAUAAUGUAUCAAAUAACUAUUGGAGUAGCUAUGUGUCAUCAUUUAAGACCACCUUUGAUUCAUAGAGAUAUUAAAAUAGAAAACGUUUUAAUUGAUUCAAAUCAUAUCUACAAAUUAUGUGAUUUCGGAUCUUCAGUCAAUUACAUGCCAGCACCAAAAAACCCACAAGAGUUACAAUUAAUGCGAGACGACCUAAUGCAGCAUACUACUCCUCAAUAUCGAGCGCCAGAGAUGAUUGAUUUAACAAAAGGAUUUCCUAUUGAUGAUAAACUGGACAUUUGGGCAUUGGGAAUUUUCUUAUAUAAAUUAUGUUAUUACACAACACCAUUUGAACUGAACAGCUUACAAGAAAUGGAAAGAAAUAUAUUGAAUUGUUCAGAAACAUUAAGAUUUAAAGAGCAACCAGGACUGAUUUUCUCAAGGAGGUUAAAAAAUAUUAUUAAAGUUUGUUUGAGAGCUGACCCAAGAAGAAGACCAAAUGCACUUCAGUUACUUAGCGAAAUAAGUCAAAUGAGAGGGGAUGAAAGACCUCCUAAUGUCAUACCUUAUAGUGUUACGUCUCAACCAGCACCAACACCUGGUUUUGGUAGCAUAGACAAGUCUAAAUCCAGUAGUAACAUCACAAAUACCACGAUUAAAUCCUCACCAUUUGAACUGGAACCAAAGCCAAGUCGUCCAGUUAGUGCUUAUUUUGAUCAUGGAGUGAAUAAAAUAUAUUCACAAGGUAAUAAAUCAAGUCCAACUGUUCAAGCUUAUGUAAAACAAGAACUUGCCAAAGGAUAUGAAAGUACAGAUGUUGGUGACACCGAAAACACAUUGGAUUUUCUUAAAAGUAGAGACUCUACUCAUGAUAACGGUAUUAAAUCAGCUUGGAAUUCGUUAAGAAAAAUUAGCACAGGAAAUAGUAGUAUCAGUGCUAAUAGCACGGGGGAACUGAUGAAAAAGAAUAUUAAAAAGUUAUUAACAGGUAGUAAAGAAGAGAAAGAGAAUUCAAUUCAAAGAAGAAUGCAAUUAUUAAUGGAGCAGCAACAACAAAAUUUUAAAAAAACUGCUCAUGGAUAUGGCAAAUUUACUGAUAAAAAUGUUAUUGAUGAUAUUGAUUCUAUAAAUGCUAGACCAGCUAACAGAAAUAAGAAAACAUCACCACCACCUAAUACCAAACCCAAAAAUUCAACAUCUUCAUCAACAAAUCACAAAGUUAAACAUACUGCUUCACAACAUAAAAAACUAUCACCUCCAAAAGUGCCGGUCAACCUAUCUUCAAAAAAGAAACCACCCCCACCAGUUAAACCCAAGCCCAAAUCAUUACAAAGUCGAAGAUUAUCUACAGGAAGUGGUGAUUUUACAAUUCCUGAUAUUGAUGAUUUAGAGAAAAGUUUUCAAAAAAGAUUUCCAAAUUAUGUAUAG